UCUCACGCCCAAAAAUCUGCAAUCAAAGUACUCCGGAGAAUGAAGUACUUUGUGGCCAGACAGAAAUUUCAGCAAGCGAGGAAACCGUACGACGUGAGGGACGUGAUGGAGCAGUACAACCAGGGACACCUCACCAUGAUGGUCCGCAUUAAGGAGCUACAGAGGAGACUGGACCAUACGUUGGGGAAACCAGGAAUGUUUCUGGCAGAGAAAGGUGUAGAUAAAGAAUACUACACUGUGGGAGCCAGACUGGUCCGCCUGGAGGACAAGAUGGACCAGAUGAGCCAUAAGAUGGAGGCGGUGCUGAAGAUCUUGGUGGACCAGUACAAACCCAAGGCAGAGCUGCUCCAGAGGGCCCCAGCCCCUCCACUCCCAGCCCCCUACAGCUCUCGCAUCAGCAUCAUGAGGCGUCAGAACAUGGGCGUCAGCUUGGACGAGGGACGGUGAUGUCACAGUGGGCAGACAGGCGCCAGGGAUGGAACCACCAGGAACUAGUAUGACCAACCGUGAGAUAUCAGUUGCAAUGAGAAGAUCAAUCAUUUUUAAAUUCAUUGUCAGCUGCUUGACCAGGAGGGCACAGACUCCAAUAAAAAAAAGGGAGCACUCUUCUUACCUUAUUAAAAAGAUGGUGUCAUUUGGCUACUUUUGCCCUCUGUUUUAUAACCCCCAAAACCUUUACAUCACUGUCUUUGACCGCUGACCUUAGAGAGAGAACGUGAACAACUCAGCUCCUGCUUCUGUCCUCCUCUGCUGAAGAGGCGUGCUUGUCUGAAAGUGAGGGCUAUAGAGAACUAUGAGAGGGGACAUGGCAGCAGUUUACUAACAGCUAGAGACGUACGGUGAUGCCGUCCAUCCUCCCUCCCCCCAUCAUGGUGAAUGGGCAUACGGGGUCCUCCUCUUCUUCAGAAGCUUCUUUCUCCCUCUUUAAUAUCAGCACUAUGAAAACAUACUACACUCUUUUUAAAAUAUUUUUUAUUUUACCCUCUUUUCUCCCCAAUUUCGUGGUACCCAGGUGUUAGUAGUUACUAUCUUGUCUCAUCGCUACAACUCCCGUACGGGCUCGGGAGACACGAAGGUCGAAAGCCAUGCGUCCUCCAAAACACAACCCGGCCCGCCACAGGAGUCGCUAGUGCGCGAUGAGACAAGGAUAUCCCUACCGGCCAAACCCUCCCUAACCCGGACGACGCUGGCCCAAUUGUGAGUCGCCCCAUUGACCUCUCCGGUCGCGGCUGGUUGCGACAGAGCCUGGGCUCAAACCCAGAGUCUCUGGUGGCACAGCUAGUACUGCAGUGCAGUGCCCUAGACCACUGCGCCACCCGGGAGGCCCUAAAACAUACUAGAGUCUUAGAAAAAAAGGUGCUAUCUAGAAGCUUAAAGGGUUCUUCGACUGUGCCCAUAGGAUAACCCUUUGAAUAACCCUUUUUGGUUCUAAGUAGAACCCUUUUAGUUCCAGGUAGAACCAAAAAGGGUUCUCCUAUGGGGACAGCCGAAGAAUGCUUUUGGAACCUUUUUUUCUAAGAGUGUACUGAAACUUCCACAGCAUACAUUGUAGCGAAAGCAUACGUCAAUUCCUUUUUGUUUUAUAAGAUUAGCCUGACACUUUCACUCCUCAGCACAUUAUCACGUAAGAUAUGAGAAUGUAUUCAGCUGUGUUCAUUCAGUGAGGCACAUCCAAGCACUAAAAUAUUAUUUCCAAGCAAACCAUCACACUAAUGAUAUUAUUUGGAGAUUGUGCAGUCAAAGUGCUAAAGCACUUGCUAAAGGGUACAGCACAGAGAAUGAGGAGACCAGCAAAGAUCAAAUCCUGAUCUUGGCACCAUUCAAACCAAAAUACAGCACCACUAUUUCUAUAUAGCCACCAAUUCAUCUCACCUUACUGUAUUUAGUUGCCGGCGUAUGUUUGUUAGUAGUAAUCGAGUGACAUAGAGAAGGACCAGGAGACUAUCUGUUGACUUUGCCCAGGGUCUGCCUCUGUUAGUGGCUGGGCCUAGGCUGCUAGAGCAGAGAAUAGUUGUGAAACAGCUCUGCAGGAACUAAUCUGCCGCUGAUUUACGGCUAUGGUUAAGCUAAUAAAAAUAGCAGAACAGUCGUGACAAGGCAGAACUCAGUAUUACAGAAAUACAGUGAGGGAAAGAACAGUAUGGAGAGUUAUGGUAAGAAGUUAAAGUUGACUCAACACCCAGUGCCAAGAUUUUCACUAGGAUAUUCCAAGGAACCACUUCACCCCACCACCCAUCCUUCUCAAUGCUAAAACACUUUCAUUUUCCCUCUUUGGACUUAAACUGCAGUGUGCAAUUUGUAAUUAAUUUGCCCCAUUAGAGCACUGAUUAUUUAUCUGUCUAUUGCUAAUUAAGUGCUGAAUUCCUGGUAAGGGGAGUUAACAAUGUAUGUGAGUUGACUAAUGAAAAGGACACUGGAAAAUGUGUACAAUUUAAACAGUAGGCUUUGAAUGGCUCACUCCAUAAUUCAGUGUGAAGGGUCUGAAAUAUCAGGUUACCUCUAAGAAAGAAGAAGAGAGAGAGAGAGAGAGAGAGAGAGGGACGUACCAAGCUUCAGCUUCAGCUUUGACUUUAAAGCCCUUUAAAGCGUUGAAUAUAAUUAAUGUCUCUCUUUUUGUUCUCACUCCAUGUAUUUGUCGUACGGCCAGGACCCAGCUGGGUUUAGCCAGUUGAAAAUAGAAAACAAUAACUAAGCUAUGUGUGCAAUCCCUUCCAUAAUUAUAGUGUGCACAUUCCUCGAAAGAUGGCAACACAAAGGAGGGGUGAAACGAGAGAGAGGGGAGGAAGAGAAAAACACUGAACAAAAAUAUAAACGCAACAUACAACGAUAUUACUGAGUCACAGUUCAUAUAAGAAAAUCUGUCAAUUUAAAUAAAUAAAUCAGGCCCCAAUUUAUAGAUUUCACAUGACAGGGCAGGGGCACAGUCAUGGGUGGGCCUGAUAGGGAAUAGGCCCAGCCACUUGGGAGCUAGACCUACCCUCUGAGGUGCCAGGCCCAGCCAAUCAGAAUGAGUUUUCCCCACAAAAGGGCUGUAUUACAGACAGAAAUACUUAUCAGUUCCAUCAGCUGUCCGGGUGGCUGGUCUCAGACGGUCCCGCAGGUGAAGAAACUGGAUGUGGAGGUCCUGGGCUGACAUGGUUACACGUGGUCUGCGGCUGUGAGGCCGGUUGGACAUACAGCCAAAUUCUCAAAAAAACGACGUUGGAUUCGGCUUAUGGUAGAUAAAUUAACAUUCAAUUCUCUGGCAACAGUUCUGGUGGACACUCCUGCAGUCAGCAUGCCAAUUGCACACUCCCCCAAAACUUGUGUUGUGUGACAAAACUGCACAUUUAGAGUGGCCUUUUAUUGUCCCCAGCACAAGGUGCACCUGUGUAUAUAACAUUUCUGGGAUAUUUUAUUUCAGCUCAUGAAACAUGAGACCAACACUGUUGCGUUUAUAUUUUUGUUCAGUAUGUUUUAUUAUUUUGCCGUGGUUGAAGAUUUGGAAUAUGUAUUUUAUAUAACAGGCUGCUUUUUAAAGCCAGUUUCUUUGAGAUAAGUGCUUCACAUACUGGCUGUCUGACCAUUCUCCUGUACAGUUUUAUAAGAGUUGUAAAUAGCAACAUUGACUUAUCAUGUGGAACGAACGAUCAACCUGGGAAUACUCCUGGUCUGCAGAGUGAUGAUGAGAAAUAAAGAGAAGUGUUGUAAAAUGGAUUGAAAUGACUGUAAAUUAUAUUCACAACCCUCUGUAAAUCUGGUGUAAAUAAAAAUCCAUUUCAUUUUCUGGGCUCUC